CAGCCAACUUCACACGGUAAACCGUUUCUUUCCGGUUGAAUUUUUGACAGAUCAACAACUAAAAAAUGGCCAAACGCACCAAGAAGGUUGGAAUCGUAGGUAAAUAUGGUACCCGUUAUGGUGCUUCCCUACGUAAAAUGGUCAAGAAAAUGGAAAUCACCCAGCACAGCAAAUAUACCUGCUCGUUCUGCGGCAAGGAUUCCAUGAAGCGCGCCUGUGUUGGCAUCUGGUCCUGCAAGCGUUGCAAGCGCGUCGUAGCUGGUGGUGCCUGGGUAUACUCUACCACUGCUGCUGCCUCCGUACGUUCUGCUGUACGUCGUCUUCGUGAAACCAAGGAACAAUAAACUG